CUUCUCCCUUUCAUCCUCCGGCCGGCUGAGGGCGGGCCUCGUAGCCUCUCGGGAACGCGAGCUCGCCCACCGGGACGCCGCGGAAAGCGUUGUUGCAGGACCCCCUUCGCUCACCCUGUGGCUGCUUGCAGUUAGGUGCUCUUCCCAAGCAGUUGAUCCUUCUAGUAUGGCGCUAAAUAAUCCCCAUUUGGAUUAAGUUGAUCAUAAUGGCAGAAGAAGAAAUUAAUGAAGACUAUCCAGCAGAAAUUCAUGAAUAUUUAUCAGCAUUUGAGAAUUCCAUUGGUGCUGUAGAUGACAUGCUGAAGACUAUGAUGUCUGUCUCUAGAAAUGAGUUGUUGCAGAAGUUGGACCCACUUGAACAAGCAAAAGUGGAUUUAGUUUCUGCUUACACAUUAAAUUCAAUGUUUUGGGUUUAUUUGGCAACUCAGGGAGUUAAUCCUAAGGAACAUCCAGUAAAGCAGGAAUUGGAAAGAAUCAGAGUGUACAUGAACAGGGUCAAGGAAAUAACAGACAAGAAGAAGGCUGCCAAGCUGGACAGAGGUGCAGCUUCAAGAUUUGUAAAAAAUGCCCUCUGGGAACCAAAACCUAAAAAUGUAUCCAAAGUUGCCAGUAAAGGAAAAUGUAAAAAAUAACUUUUGGCUUUGAUGUAUACAUGUUCAAAAAGUACAUCAUUUUUAUUGUUUUACACAAAAUAGAUGAUAAUUUUGUGGCAAUGCUCGGUUUAAAUGUAUUCCUUACUGAAUUCAUAUAUAAAAUUUACAUUUAAAUCUGUAAUGCUAAAUACAUUUUUUCCCAGAAAGAUUAAGUUAUCUUUAUUGAUUUUCCUAUAGAGUACUGUGAGGUUUUUAAUAUUGUGGUAUAUUUUAUAUUUAUAGUUUACCAUCUCUCUUGACAGGACUCUUAUUUCCUUAUGUAGGUCAACCUUUCAAGUACCAUUUUAUAAGCAACUAUGAAAUUUAAGUUAAAUGUUCUUUGUAAACAUUUGUCUAUUUUAAAUGAAUAGUGACUUUAUGAAGUAUGCUUUCUGAAGUCUGAAGUUGUAAAUACAUCUGUUUUCACUAUAUACAAGAAAAAGUGAAAUGACUUAAAUGUCCAUUUUUUUCUGUGUAGUUACUUUAUCAUGUUUUCAUGAUUGGGGAAUUGCUUUUUUUGAUAUCUGAAGUGUGAAUUUAAGACUUUAAGGUUAUACUUGAAUUUUUGGCACUUUGCCUAGAUAUUAAAGUAAAAUAUAUUCUCAUUAAUUGUGGAUGGGAAAUGAGGUGUAUAUUGAUGGAUGAAUUUUGGCAUAAUGGCUAUAUUCUAUCAAUAAAGGCUUUAAGUGUUGUGUAGCUGACCUGUUUAUUCUCUUUGAGUGACUUGGCCUUGAAAGUGGGAGGAUAGGGUUAGAAGUGCCUCGGAGUAGAGAGGUGCACGAGUCAUGUCCUGAGGUGCAGCGCCCACGGUUCUGUCGGGCUCGCCUUCCCAGAGUCCGGUCGCAUGUUUCCGAGGCUCUGUCAAGUACAAAGUGUUUUGGAACAACUUUCUAUUUUAUGUAAUGCCACUUACGCA